AUGAACAUUGCUAAAUGCGCAGUCAUCACCUUUCACCGUUCCUCCGCUCCUAUACUGUUUGAUUACAUACUCAAUAACUCUGCUCUCAUUCGUAAAACUUCUAUUAGAGACCUUGGAAUCGUAAUCUCCCACAGUCUUGGCCCUGAAUCCCACAUUGAUGCCAUCACCACUAAAGCCUCUCGUAAUCUGGGAUUUCUGAUCAGAACUUCAAGAAGCGGACUGAGUGUUGCAGCUAUGAAGUUUAUCUUUACUGCUCUGGUGAGGUCAGUGCUUGAAUAUGGCAGCGUUGUCUGGUCGCCCUAUGAGGUUGGUCAUAUCCAGCAGCUCCAAAGUGUCCAGGAUCGCUUCUUGCGGGUGGUUGGAGUCAGAUGUGGAUUUGAAUGCAGAACUGUGCCAUUGGAGGAUUUGGGGAUUUCCUUGGGUUUGAACUCGAUUGUGAAGCGUAGACAACUUUUGGAUGUGGUUUUUUUUCCAUAA